AUGGAUGUGAAAAUAAAGGAUUCUUUUUUUGAUGAUCCUGAAACCACAACCUUCUGGGUUAACAAUGGUCUACCCAGUUAAGACUAAAUAUUAUAAAUGCAAGAUUCAAUGUACAUCUAAAAGGAUAAGGAGUUCUGCAAACGUACUCUAGGCAUUUAGAAUCAUUACUUGCUUUACUUUAAACAAUAAGUAUAUUUUAAACAAUAACCAAUAGACAAUCUAAAAAUGGGUUAAUUUGGACAAUGCUACAAUUGAAUAUGUUAAACAUUAAACUGCAGGUCUGGGUAUUAGAAUUUCAAAACAUAAAUAAAUUUUUGAGUUCUUUGGAGAUGUAGAACCAUGGUAUAAUUAUAUGAGAUAAUAUUGUGUAUAAAGAAAUUUUUCGUAAAGUUACACUUUAGUAAAGAAAAUAGGAUAAGGGAAUUUUGCAGAUGUAUUUAAUUUUCUUAUUUAUAGGUAUAUAAGGCAACUAAUAAAUUUGAUGGGGCUGAAUAUGCUAUCAAAUGUUUUAGGAAGAAUAAAUUAAAGGAGAAUGUAGAUAGAUUAUCUAUGAUAAAAGAAAUAUCAAUCAUGAAAAAAAUAUAACAUGAUUCAGUCAUUAAAUUAUAUGAAGUAUAUGAAGGUGAUGAUUGUUUAUAUUUGGUAUUGGAAUAUUUAAGAGGAGGUGAACUUCAUUAAUAUAUGAAGAAAUCCCCUCCAUUUUCAGAAGAAAAAUGUUCAAAGUUAAUAUUUCGUAUUCUAAAAGCUCUUUAUUCAAUACAUUAAAAAGGAAUAUUACAUCGGGAUAUUAAGCCAGAGAAUCUUAUGUUAAGAAAUAAAGAUGAUCUUGAUAAUAUAUGUAUUGGAGAUUUUGGAUUGGCUGAUUAUUAUUCUCCAAGUGGAUAAUAUCUUUUCACUAGAUGUGGAACUCCAGGUUAUGUUGCACCAGAAUUAUUAUAAGAUAAACUCUAUGAUUUUAAAAUUGAUAUUUAUAGUGUUGGAAUACUUAUGUACAUUUUAAUUGCAGGUAAAUCACCAUUCGAUGGUAAAGACUAUGAUGACGUUGUAAUGAGAAAUUACUAUGCUAAGGUUAAAUUUGAAGAAUGUAAAUUAAGUGAAGUUGGUAUGAACUUCUUAAAAGGUUUAAUGAAUAAAAACCCAAUCUAAAGAUUUAGUGCAGAAGAAGCAUUAAAUCAUCCAUGGUUUGCAACAGAAAAUUCUAAUAAGGCUUGUUAAUUUAAAAUUCGAAAAUAAAAUUAUGUUUUGAAAAAAUUGGGUCAUUGUGAAUUAUAAAUCAAAUAGUUUUCAGCUAUUUCUACUUAAUUCAGUCCAAAAAGUUCAAUAUCAAGCCUUAGUCCUUAUUGUAUAACUAAAUAUAACUUGGAUGAAAGUCCAUAAACUCCUAAUUCACCAAAUGCCCAAUUUGCUAUUUCAACACCCAGAACUCCUGGUAUGUUUAAAUUAAGGCCAGUUCGACGUUCUUAAUUUAACUUAAAAUAAAUAUGA